CAACAACAACAACAGCUACUGUAUUGCUAGCAGCGCAAACAUUAAUACGUCUGCCGCUACGCUGCCUGAAAAACAGAACAAAAACAGUGAACAUAUUAAGUCGGCUGUGCAGACUGGUAUGGAUCGCCACAUUCAAAGCAAACGGAGGACGAGCACCCUAAAUUCUCAACGCAAAAUAACCCGUGACCCCAAUGAGGUUGAGGCGGCCGAAUCUACUGAAGUCGAGAAAAGGAAGCCAAAGCCUCCGCCUAUUUAUAUACGAGAAAAAAGUUCCAAUGGUCUUCUCAACAAAAUUAUUGUGCUUAUUGGCAAGGAUAACUUCCACAUAAUACCCCUUGUGAAGGGCAACAGAAAGCCGCAGCCAGAAAAUAAGCCCCUGAAGAAAUACGAAGUGCACCCUAUAUACAAUCUUCAGUUCCUGCUGCACCGCCGAAUUACAGUUGAGGAACCGCACAAACGCAAUGGUACGGUACAAUGUGCGAACUGCCAAGAAUAUGGUCAUACAAGGUCAGCCAGAUCCUCACUAGGACACGCGCUUCAAAAUUACGACCGGCUACCCCUGCCUCAAAAAGUUCAUUUCUGCAAUCAGCAUACUAAGAACCGAACAUGGCUCAGCAGCAUCAAUCACCGAAGCAGCCAAAAAGCAACUUCGAAACUAUGAUAUGCAGCCUACAACAAAGCCUUACGGAAUUUACAUAUAUCAUUUAUGCGCACAACUGUGCAAGAUUUAAUGCGAAACCAAAAUCAAUUCGCUCGCUCUCGAAGUCGCAGUCGGACGUGUUUUUUUUCUUCCCUCUUAAACUUUGUGAUUUUUCAUUAAAUUUCAUAUUUAUUUACAAUUAAUAUAACAUUAAUUUUACUCUCUCACUUGUGUUUAACUACAGAUCAUUAAAUCGUUGUGUGCUUUCUUGUAUUUAGUAUAUUAUUAUCAUUUUUCUGAAAAUAUAACAACAAAUUGUGUGGUCAAACUUAGCUUUGCUUUGUUAGCAAAACAAUUCUGUUUUCGUUGCCGCUGCACUUUGUUUUUGUAUUUUUGUUUACUUUCGCGCUCUUCUUUUUUCACUUGCUAUUCUUUGCGCUCAACGCUGUUACAAUAGUUAACUCUCCCUCUCUUGGUGUUGUUGUUGGCUUUCGUCUAUCUUGCGUCUCGCUCGACCCGCGCUUUACUCUCAGUGCUUGUGCUUUGUGCUCUCAACGCUCUUUAGAAUAGUAACUCUCCCUCUCUUGGUGUUGUAGUUGCCUAUCUAUCUUGCGUCUCGCUCGACCUGUGUUUUGUGCUCUUCGUAAGUACAGAUCAUAUUAGUUUGCAAAUAAUUUACCUACUUUGAUUUA